ACACUCGUCGAGGCCUUCUGGGAGCCCAUCAAGCUCCUCCAAAAGUUCUUCGAGCACCUCUUCUGGUUGGUUUUCGUCACUCCUCAAGAGACCGGGAAGUAGCAAGCAACCGUCGAAUCCUAAACCCUCUGGACAUGCGUACAACACCAGAAAACCGGCUCUGUAUCCUACCAUGCCGCCUCCAAGAGCAGUACCACAAAACGCACCUUAUGCCGGGCAUGGAAGCAGACCCGCACCUCCGAGCGCUCCCUUUAAUCCGGGACGCGGUAUCUCGCAUCCUCAAGCUCCAGGUUAUCGACCACAGAUACCUAGUGCGCCACCAAUGGCAGCGGGGAAUAUAGCUCUAGCACAGUUUGGUUCCGCGCAAAUACCUGGGCGAGUUCCACAUCCUCCGGGCUUCAGACAGACACUUCCUAGUGCACCUCCCGCAGAACCCAGCAAUCCAGCCGGAAGGCCUUCGGCGCCAGGACACAUAUCUGCAAGCUAUCCUGGUUACCCUAGUGGUCAGCACGCAGGACUCGUUCAGCCUGGCCGCCCUCCAAGCCAGUUUCCUGCUCAAGGCCAACGUGGCUACCCACCGACCCAGUAUCCAGCUGCAGGACAUGGUCAGUUAGGGUAUCCUGGAGCACGUUACCUGCCGCCAGGUCCGGGAACCAAUAGGCAAGGCUCGAAUCCCAUUCCUCCAGGACGUAUGUACACACGAAGGCCGUCCCAGGACCCGACUCCAAGGCCGGUUCCAUAUCCCACUAUGCCACCUACGAGAUACGUGCCUCCAGGUGCUCCUUAUCCUGGAUAUGGAAGCAGGCCCGUGCCUUCAAGCUCUCCAUAUCCUGGACAUGGAAGCAGGCCGGUACAUCCGAGCUCUUCUUAUCCGGGAUUUCCAUCUUAUCCGGGACGCGGGGUUUCUUACCCCCAGGCACCGGGCCAGCAGCCGCAGAUGCCAAGCGCACCACCAAUGCAACCAGGAAAGGAACCUCCGGGAAGGCUGUAUCCUGGAACGCCAUCAGGCGGAAUUCCGAAACUUCCUCAAUUCAAACCAGUGCUUCCCAGUGCUCCUCCUGCGGAGCCCACGUACCCACACGGCAGACAUCAGGGUUACGCUAGUAGUGAGUACCAGGGAAGUAGCCAGCCGGGCCACUCAAGGGAUCACUAUCUGGGACGUGGACAAAACGGCUAUCCUGCAAGCCAGCAUAUCGGUGCAAGACAUGGGCAACCAGGAGCCACGGGUUCCUCGUCAAGGUCUUCCGGAAGCUCUUCUAGAUCUUCUGGAAGCUCGUCAAGCUCUUCUAGAGGUUCCACCGGUUCAUCUUCGUCUUCCAGCUCCUUGUCCAGUUCGAUCUCCUCGCUGUUCAGACGACCGGGAGGCAGCAGAAGGCCGUCAAAGCCGAAGCCCCCCGGACCGAUAUAUGUCACCAGAAAGCCUGCUCCGGCCCCUACUCCGAGGCCUGCCCCGUAUCCCACGAUGAGACCCGCACCGUACCCUACGCAGCCAUCUCCCAGGCCGGUUCCCCCAAGUGCCCCAUCCUACCCAGGACAGGGUGGUUCUAAUCCAAACGUUCCAGGCCAUCGGCCGCAAACCCCGAGCGCGCCACCAAUGGAGCCUGGAAGAAUAGUUCCUGGACAAGUCAAUCCCAUACAGCAGCCGGGCGGUGGUCAACAUCCUCCGGGAUUCAAGCCGAUGACUCCUAGCGCUCCUCCCGCGGAGCCCGGAUACCCGGGCGGAAGUCCUUCAGCACCUGGACGUCCGACCGGAAGCUAUCCCGGUUACCCUGGCGGUCAGUAUCCGGGCCAGGGUCAGCCAGGCCGCCCUCCGAGCCAGUAUCCCGGCCAAAGCCAACCUGGUUAUCCUGGUGCCGGUCAAGGUCAACCAGGGUAUCCCGGUGGUCAACAUCCGGGCCAGGGUCAGCCAGGCCGCCCUCCAAGCCAAUAUCCUGGACAAAGCCAGCCCAGUUACCCUCCAGGUCGUUAUCCUGGUGCCGGUCAAGGUCAACCAGGCUACCCCGGUGGUCAGUAUCCGGGGCAAGGACAAGCUCAGCCCGGGUAUCCCGGUGGACGAUAUCCUGCACCGGGACAGGGCUAUCCUUCCGGACAAUACCCGGGUCCAGGUCAGGGUUACCCUGGAGGUUAUUACCCGGGAGGUCACUACCCUGGUGGGGGAGGCUACCCUGGUGGUCAAUAUCCAAGUGUCUACCCAGGCGGUUACCCUUCCGCGCCCAAGAAGCCCGGAGGACUUCUAGGACAGCUUCUGGGUGGGAGCAGUGUCCUCGGUGGCAGUAAGAAACGUCCUGGUCACGUGUUUGCACCUACGCACCCUCUCUAUAGAGGCAUGCCAGUAGCCACAAUGUAUGGUGUGCAAAACGGUCUCAAGCGCAAAGGCAUCAAACAAAACAAUGUCGCCAAGGUGCUUGGAGCUGUACUGCUGUACAAGGCGCUGAGUCACCGCAGGAGGAGGUGGAAGCCCAGCUUCUAUGGCGGUUACUACGGCUCUAGCUACUACUACUACGGCGGACGACGCUAUUACGGCUCCUCUUACGACCGCUAUCGCAACCGGACCACUUUCGGUAACGCAACCGCUGGUGGGAUCGACACCGUCCCCGAGAACGCCACCUACAUAGAGGAGUGUCGCUACAAGAAGGAGCCGUGGGAAGAGUGCGACCGCUCCACCAACACCCAGAAGCGCAAGCUCAUCCUCAAGCGGGGCAGCGGCAAGUGCGAGCCCACCAAGGAGCUCACCAGGAACUGCAAGAAAGCGUGCCGUUACGAGAAGGGUGCGUGGAAUGCCUGCAACGUGACGGCCAACACGCGCACCCGGGUGGACAAACUCAAACCAAGAAGCGACCCCACGUGCGAGCCUAACCGCACCGUCACCAAGAAGUGCAAAUCCGGUCUGGGCUGCCGCUACAACCGCAGCGUCAAGUGGAGUGAGUGCGACGCGCAGACGCAGACCCGGACCAAGACCAUGCCGCUGGUGAGCGGCAACAGCGCGUCGUGCGAGAGCCACAAGGUGGUCACGAAGCCCUGCCGCAGCAACGGGGACCAGCGCCAGAUGAAGCGCAAGCCUAAGCAGGAUGAAGAGGAGGAAGAGGACGACGAGUGAACACCAAAGACACGCGGACGGGCGUUUCAAGCUCUCCUGGCUCCUGAGAGAAGGCAGCCAUGAUCUUUCAAAAAAAUGUGUGGGCACAAGGGGCUGUUUACUCCGCACAACGCGCAAACAACGUCUUCGAGUUGGAGACAGCACGGUGACCUUACGCCGUAAGAUGACCGGCGCCGCCAAAUGUAUAAUGGGGUAUCUGCGUUGGCUGAUGCCCCCCUCCCCCCCAAGAGGUCGAAAAACAUGCGUGUAUUGUUUCGUCGCGCCACUGUAAAAGUCAGCGCGCGGGCCACCUCUUUAACCUGUUCAAACCUGGUCACGUAAGAAUUUAGGCUUGCUGGUUGGACAUCGUGAAUUUAGCACAGCGCAAUACAAAAGAUGAAGUGCUGGAAGUCAGUGCUGUAUGCGUCGUCUCCUGUCCCUCUUCCUUGUUGCGCUGUUCUGAGUUCAGGUAGUUCAAACUGCGACUCAUAUUGCAGCAUUAAUAUCGCUGUAUCGACUGCUUGAGCUGCCUUAUUGGGGGUCUUUCGUGGCCUUUCUUUUACGCGAAGAAAGGUCAACAAGCUGUAAUGACUUUUACUUGUUUCUGUACUCGCUUCGUUCAAAUCGCCCACUUAGAGAAAAAAAAAUCGUACAUCUUUCUGUGAAACAGACAGAUACUCAUGCCGAAAAAUACUCAAGCUUCGUACCGUCGACCUCCUGUUUGUGUUAUGAUCGUGUUGCAGCACCAGGUGGUCGUAGCAUGGAGGUCAACGACUCAAGCGGAGCAAAUUACAAUAAUACUAGCAAGCCUGGGAGCCAGCGGCAGUGUCAGUGGCGCAGUUUUAUCGAUGAUAUCAGAUCCAAGCAGAGAAUCGAUGCUUUGAACAAUUCUUACCGGCUUAAAUUACUUAAUCUCGCUUUCAUACAUUGCACUCUGCAUUCUCACUAUAACCCAUAACACAACGUGACUUAAAGGCCAUAAUCACUUGCUGCAUAUCGAUGUGUAUGCGUCAUUAGGCUAGAGUGUGGUGUGACGAAAGAUAGUGAAGCUGCGUCGUAAAGACGAAUGAAAUCGCAUCCAAUGGAGAGAAUUUAUGGUUAAUGGACGAUGGGGCCACCUUUGUCAGCAACGAUAAAGUGGUUGAUAUCUUACAGGUGACGAACAGCUAGUCUGCCUUGCAUUCUAAUGACGAAAGCCUGCAAGGAAGGAUUCCUAAGAGAGCGAGCUGGUCAGGCUUUCCUGAAUAUUGGUUACACCAGCCUAGCUCUUGAAACACCACAGCCCCGGUGUAUUGGCCGUAGUCUGCCACAAACGACAAAAAGUCAAAAGCUACCAAACCAAGUCCAGCGAGCAAGCGAUACUACCUAAAGUUUCACUAGUUCUGAAGCAGUUCUCUAUCAUCAGCAUUAGGUAGUCGGUCGCUUUUCACAAGUACUAAAGGACUGGGCUGCGAUAAAGUAACGAUUAAAUUCCAAUUCUUUUCCUUUCCGUGCUCCGUCAUUGGUCACAGUGGCGACGAGCCUGCGUUAUCGCCAGGAUCAACCGGUCGUGUGAAGCGCAUAUGCAAGGCAUAGAAUCGACCGAAAAGAAUCGUGACAUUAUUCUGGCCCUGGAAUCGGAAUUCGUAACUUUUACGAUACGCGCAUACCGCAAGACUUUAAGCCUUGGCGUUAUCUCUAUUCAUCAAGAGCGAUCUGCUCUUGCUAAAUUUGAAUGCCGGUCUAAGGCUGCCUCUCAAAUGUUGUGCUGUCCGAUAAUAUUGCAAGCUGUCCGUGAUUGCAUAUGGAUAUGCCACUUAUUUGGAUUGUAUAUUCAUAUGACACUGCAACGCAAAAUUGUCUUGCGUUGUUAGGUAACACGUGGAAACUACAAAAUCCUUACAAGCUAUUUAACAUAUAAUACAACUGAAAUAAUGGACUGCACAAUGUAACCAUUCAGCAGCUCCAUCGGCUGAAGCCAAUUUACUCACUGAACAGGUAGUCUGCGAUUAUGGUGGCAUAGUUAAGCUUUAGGUCGCCACUGCCGAACCAGAUAAAUCACCUUGAUCGUGAAGGCUUUCCAAGAUUACUUAUCUUCCAACGGAGCGCGAUCACUCGUCUUUAUCUAGCCAAUAUCUCACUGUUCUCUCAUUGCCGUUGUUCUACGUUAGCUUUAGAACGCACGCGCGGCGUACUUUGCAGCCGCGUAAAUAACGCGGCUGUCUUUCUUCUGCUCUUAUCACAUUUACUCAAUGUGCCAAUGAACAUUUCAAGGGCAUUCCAGGUGGGAGAAGAGGUGCAAUGGGUCGAUGAAUGUGUGACCCAGCCACGUUUUGUGGCUUGUGUAACGUCUUUUCAUACUCCAGCUCUUAUACUUAAUGCAUUUGGCGAGGUGGUGAGGGAAGGAGGUGGGUUUCACUAAUUAAACUAUCGUUGUUCGACCUAUUAUCGUUCCCAGCGAGCUUCUGUAGUUGCAGUAAACACUUCCUCUCUGUCCCCUUGUAGAUCACGUGCUCCUUGCCACUUUAAGACGGUGUUCCCUUCAUUGGACAACGAAGACGUGCGCGAAAUGGUGUUCUUAUUGUUUUUUUUUCUUAUUUUUCGCGAUUUUAUGUGCUUCACAGUGUCUUAUACUACGAAUAAAAGAAAUGCCUUCAAAA